CUGCCCGUCCCUUCGCUAGUCCCAGCCGCGUCAGGCUACGUUUACCUCGCAGCUCCCCGGGGCUCCGAAGCGCCGCAAAGUUUUGACAUUUUGGCAGCGGAGACGCGCGCUGGCUCUCUCCGGCUGACGGCUGUGGCGGCGGCCGACUCUCCAGAGGCCGCUCAGUCCCAAGUCCUAGGCGCUCCCGCCGGCCGGAGUCCCGCGGCCACGAGGCCCCGCCGCGUCCUCCCGCGCUCGCCCUCCCGGAGGCUGCAGCCAUGUCUCGGGGGCCGGAGGAGGUGAACCGGCUCACGGAGAACACGUACCGGAAUGUUAUGGAACAAUUCAAUCCUGGACUACGAAACUUAAUAAACCUAGGAAAAAAUUAUGAAAAAGCAGUGAAUGCUAUGAUCUUGGCUGGAAAGGCCUACUACGAUGGAGUGGCCAAGAUUGGUGAGAUUGCCACUGGGUCUCCAGUAUCAACAGAACUAGGCCAUGUCCUCAUAGAGAUUUCCAGCAUCCACAAGAAACUCAAUGAGACUCUUGAUGAAAAUUUCAAAAAAUUCCAUAAGGAGAUUAUUCAUGAGCUGGAGAAGAAGACAGAACUUGACGUAAAGUAUAUGAAUGCUACUCUAAAAAGAUACCAAGCAGAACACAGGAAUAAAUUAGAUUCUUUGGAGAAAUCUCAGGCAGAGUUGAAGAAGAUCAGAAGAAAAAGUCAAGGAGGAAGAAAUGCACUCAAAUAUGAACACAAAGAAAUUGAGUAUGUGGAGACUGUUACUUCUCGCCAGAGUGAAAUCCAGAAGUUCAUUGCAGAUGGCUGCAAAGAAGCCCUGCUUGAGGAAAAAAGGCGCUUCUGCUUUCUGGUGGACAAGCACUGUAGCUUUGCCAAUCACAUACACUACUAUCACCUGCAGUCUGCAGAAUUACUUAAUUCCAAGCUGCCCCGGUGGCAGGAAACCUGUUGUGAUGCCACAAAAGUACCAGAGAAAAUCAUGAACAUGAUAGAAGAGAUAAAGACACCCAUCUCCACACCAGUGUCCGGGACACCACAGCCUUCACCCAUGAUCGAGAGAAGCAAGAUGAUUGGGAAAGAUUAUGACACCCUUUCUAAAUACUCACCAAAGAUGCCCCCUGCUCCUUCAGUCAAAGCCUAUACCAGCCCUUUGAUUGAUAUGUUCAAUAACCCAGCAACAGCUGCACAGAGUUCAGAAAAGAUAAACAACUCAGCAGACACCUCAGAAGAUCCCAGUUUACAAAGAUCCGUUUCUGUUGCAACCGGACUGAACAUGAUGAAGAAACAAAAAGUGAAGACCAUCUUCCCUCACACUGCUGGCAACAACAAGACCUUACUUAGCUUUGCCCAGGGGGACAUCAUCACACUGCUCAUCCCCGAGGAGAAGGACGGCUGGCUCUAUGGAGAGCAUGACACCACCAAAGCGAGGGGUUGGUUCCCAUCAUCAUACACAAAGUUGCUGGAAGAAAAUGUGAAGGAAGCAGUGUCUGUGCCUACACCGAGCCCUGCACCCGUGAGAAGCAUCAGUACUGUGGACCUGACUGAGAAGAGCAAUGUUGUCAUCCCUCCUCCUGACUACCUGGAGUGCCUGUCCAUGGGAGCCACCUCAGACAAGAGAACAGAUGCUCCCAAGACUACUACUUCUACCUUCAAAGCCCCAGUGUCCAGACCAGAUGCCACAUCCACAUCUCCGAGUGACACAAACGGGACCGCAAAGCCACCGUUCCUCAGUGGAGAGAACCCCUUUGCUACUGUGAAACUCCGGCCGACAGUGACAAAUGACCGAUCAGCACCAGUCAUUCGAUGAAGACAGGAGGGAUCCUGCUAGUCCCUCUAUCUGAGUUCUCACCUGCGAGACGACAGGUUGCUGGACCGGUGCAGGCACUGUCAGAGUAUCAGAGGGUGCCUGAUUUCAGUGAACCCCACUUGAGCAAAUCAAUGUAUUUUCUCAGUUUAACAGAGCUGGGUUUACACAUUUUUGUCUUUAAGGUAAAUGAGUAGCUUAGUGAUUAGAUCAAUCAUUUGAAAUAUUUUCUUUUCUAUUCAAAAGCAGUAAAUUUGGUUCAAGUUCUUCUAAUUUUAAUUUUUAAGGAAAUAGCCAGAAUAAGGGCUAGUCUUAUCUAUGCUUUUGUGCCUGGCUUUCUGUGGCUGAAUGCAAAAAGACCAGGGUUUUAUUUUAUAAAGCCUGUGCUCUUAAGUAGCAUUAUGAUGUUCAUCUAAAGAAACUAUGUAAGUUUGUAUCAGAGCAUGCAAAUCUAGUAAGCAAUAUAAAUUAUGAAACUAUAUUAAAUAUUUUUAAAUGA